UGAUUCAGCUGAUUAGGCAGGAAGUCUAUAAAGUGCUUCAGCUCCACUGUGUUCUGGAUCAUUUAGUCAUGGUGACUCAUCUGUACCUUGGUGUGAUACUUCUGGCUGGUUUUGCAGCAACUGUUGCAAAUGCAGAUAUCAAAGUAGACUGUGGGAAAGACUCCGUGAGCGUCACAUGGAGGAUCAAUCCGGAGAUGGUGCCGUAUGCAUCUCGAUUGUUCCUGGGAAGCUGCAUGCCAUCUAACCUCCAUGUUCUGCCCACUGGACAGGGGGAGGUCACGUUCCACUACCAGUACAAUGAGUGCAAGAUGAAAAAACUGCUGAAAGGAAAACACAUCAUCUAUCAAACUGAAAUGAGUUACAGGCCACAGGCAAAGCCGAAACCUGCAGCAUUUGUGCAACCCAUCAAAUGUGUCAUUAAAAGACCAGGGGACUGGGUUCCACAUUUCCUGAACCCUGGAUCAGGUCUUUCUGAAGGUCGCAGCGGGCUGGUCUUCCAUAUGGCACUGCUCAACGAGCAAAUGACCGGCAUAGCAAAGACAAACAUCAUCACUCUGGGCUCAUUCAUGCCGAUAUGGGCAGCAGUGGAGCAGAAGUCCCAUCAGCCACUGCUGCUGCUCAUGGAGGAGUGUGUUGCCGCCACCACAGCAGAGCUGCAGUAUGGCAGCCAGGUUUACCCCCUCAUCAGCAAUAAGGGAUGUCUUUUGGAAAGCGUCAGAGGAAACUCCAAAUUUUUGCCUCGAUAUCACACUUCAGCCAUCAUUCUCUACCUACAGUCCUUCAAGUUUGGUCUCGGAGAGGAGGUCUACAUCCACUGUAAACUGGUUGCAUGGGAUCCUGAAAGUCUUGAUGAAUCCAAAAAAACUUGCCAUUUUGUAAAGGAGACUGAAAGUUGGGAGCUACUCGAUGACCCACUUCAGAGUUCCCUCUGCAGCUGCUGUGAAUCAACCUGCAAGUCUCGUGCCAAAAGAGGAGUUCACUGGGCAUCCGGCAGCUUGAGUCACAAUUCUGUGGUGGGGCCCCUCAUCAUAGUGGAAAGGCCUGACUUGAAGGCCAACAGCACAUCAGUGGGUUCUGCUUCUGCAGCUGACGUUCAGAUGAAAAGCUCAGUCCAAGCUGAUGGAGACUCUGGACCAGUAGCAGAUUAACUCAAGCUUUAGACCUACAAAACCAGGACAUUGGCUAUACAUGAUCUCUGCUUUUGUCUGAAGAUAUAUAUUAGAACCUGUCUAAGUAAUUAUCAAACUUUAUAUUAUCUCUAAAUAAAUCAUGGAUAAACUGCA